GUUCCAGCUGCGCUCGUCCAGAUUGGUGCUUAGAUCGGUCUACUCGGAGUGAUAGGAAGAAUGGACGUUUAAAGUUCUGUGAUCUUGUUGUAAAACAUUUAUGAACGAAGCAAUUAGUACCGCAUGCGUCUAAGUGAUUUAAGCCUUGAUCAUUGCUAAAGUGAAUAACUACAAUUAAAAAAAUAGUUAUGAAAAAGAGGUUUCCCUGCAAAUUUUCAAAGGAUUGUUGAUUUAACUGGAAGUGAUUCUAUUGAGUUCUUGGUAUUAGUGAAAAAAGUGUUCACAAGAUUGGAUAGCUAGCACUGAAAAUGAUCACCAUGGACGUGAGAGAUAAUUUCACGGAUUUAACAUGGGCCUCGAACUAUGUUGUGAAAAUGGCACUGGAUGAAUAUCAAACGGAUCGAAAUUGGACACGUUUGAUUUACCAGUACUGGGUGCUAGUGGAGGAUUUGAUUGGAGAUCCCCGGGCGAAGGCGCUCCCCUUCAUGGACAAUCCUCUGCCAACGUUUGGAAUGGUCGUGGCGUACCUGGCCUGGGUUCUAGUGAUUGGCCCAACCUACAUGCGAGAUCGAAAACCGAUGCAGCUAACCAGGACACUGUUCUAUUAUAAUCUCUUCCAGGUGAUGCUGAGCGCGUACAUGUUCUACGAGCACUUGAUGGGCGGUUGGGCGAGAGGCUACAGUUUAACCUGCGAACCGGUAGAUUACUCGGAUGGAGAGCUUUCUAGAAGGAUGUUCAACCUGUGUUACGUCUAUUAUCUAUCCAAACUGAGCGAAUUCGCCGAUACCGUGUUCUUUGUUUUGAGGAAAAAGAAAUCGCAGAUCUCCUGGUUGCAUCUGUACCACCACUCCCUGACUCCAAUCGAGACGUGGGUUCUGACCAAAUUUCUUGCCGGAGGCAACACUACCCUACCAAACAUUAUCAACAACUUUGUCCACACGCUGAUGUACUUCUACUAUCUACUGUCGUCGAUGGGACCCCGUUAUCAGAAGUACCUCUGGUGGAAGAAAUACAUGACCGAAAUUCAAAUUGCUCAAUUCAUCAUCUGCAUUGUGCACGCCGUCAAUGCACUUGUGACGGAUUGUGCCUACCCGAAGUUCAUCACGUCCUUGCUACUGCUCAACUCCAGCAUAUUUUUCGUCCUGUUCAUCAACUUCUACUGGGAAAAUUAUAAAAGGACGGCAGCCAAGGCGGCUUCUUUAACGUCGAACAAUGUGAAAGCCAGCCAAUCGCUAGUCAUAGAGAACAACAACUGUUUACCGCUGGAAUGCUCAAUCGAUCGAAACGGCACAAAGAAGGUUCAAUGACAACGUUUCACUAACAAUAAGAGUACUAAAAAGUCUGAAAAGGAACCUUGAGUGAUUGGUUCAAGUGUCUCUGGAACACAACGCGUUAACGCUUGUAAAUAGUAGAUUUCAUAGGGGAAACUCGUAGUAUUCUACAUUCCGUGUGUAUGCGUUAGUUAGGAUUAACGUGAUAGCAUUGUAAUUAUUGUUAAAUUUAUUAGGUUUAAUAAUUUUGUAUUCCGUUCUAUUUACAACACGUCGAUUCGAUCAAGACCCUGCACACUAGGGGCUGAAAUUGUACUCGACUGCUCAACUUUAUCUGUAAGUUCUUGAUUGUGAAUAAAGCCAUUCGAAUUUGUUAUAAAUAA